AUGCUACAAUCUACGCCUAAGAGCUGGAAAGACUUUUUAAAAUCUCCAAAGAAGCCCACUAGCCCUACCACCCCACCAGGCAGUGUGACGAUCACACCAAAUACAACACCUCCAAGUGUGCCAUGUGCCAGUCCACGACCAGCGAAAAUCCCUUCCAGAGACCCAUUUCAAACCAUAAAUCCCGGACUAAACCUUUCCUUUGCCAAUAUUCUCAACAAGUCACUAGCAAAUCACGAAACAUGUUUCAUCUGUGGAGAACUACUUUCUACUGUAUUUGCAUCAGAACGAAUCCUAAAGUUAAAUUGUGGUGACUCCACCCACAGUGAAUGUUUCAAAGCUUAUUUUAAGGAAGAUAUACCACACGCAAGAAUCCAUGGCAAGACAAUAACGUUUGCCAAAACCUGUCGUGGUUUAAAUUGCAGUGGCACCAGAAACGUAGUUGUCGAUGUAAACAACUGGCACUUGGUUUCUGCUAGAAAGUUGUCGUUAAUACCCAAGAGACCAGCACCUCCACACCCCAACAGUGUCAACAUUAACGCUUUAAAGACAACCUUACAAAACAGCGAUAUACCUACCAGAUCUCCUUCACCAGACCCAACUGUUUCAACCACCACAGAAGUGGACGCAUAUGAGGUUGAAACGGUUAGAAACCAACUAAUCAAAUAUUUGUUAGAUCUGUGUCCUAAAAUCAACUUGUCAAGAUUGGUUCUGUUGGGAAAUUUGCGAGUUGCAGACGAGCUUUCUGUUUGUGUGGAGCCACUGGACUAUUUCCAAACAAGGUAUGUUUAUUUAUUCGAAAACUACAUGCUUAUAUGGAAUAGUGUUGACUACCCUGUAUUCGUCCCAAUGCAGAAUAUCCAAAUCUCCUCUCGUGGAUCGUCCAUCCUACAAGUGCGUCAAAAAGAUGAUGGGUUAUCGACAUUGAUUCAAUCUACAUCUAGCACAGUAGUGGAAAAAUGGGUUGUUGCCAUUUCUGACGCUCAUUUACAGUUGCCAGCACCGGAUAUAACGUCUACAAUUGACACCUCCCCUAGUGAUAGUGAUUCCGAUAUUGAUUCAGACGAAGAAGUUAUUCAGCAAGCACUAACUAAAAACAAUUGGGCCGAUUUAAUGAUUGAGAUUGAUAAUGCGUUACUUACAUCUGACCCGUAA